GGAUAAUUUUAGUUAGACCUUACCUCCUGUCUCACUUGCUUCGGCCUCUUUUUCUCUCUCGUUCACUUUCAGUUUCAGUGAUGUACAUCUGUGUUGACCAAGUGCCUUGUUUAAAAUGGGAUUACUAAAUUUGGAUUAUCUGUACAACUAAUCAUUGACUGCAAUGUUUGGCGGAGACUGCGGAGGUCUCCUGACUCUGCACUACGGUAAGCACCAUACAUCAGUCGUGGACGAAGUGAGGAGAUGGUUCGAAGUGGAGGCACACGCAGAUGUCCAUCUAAUUUGCCAAGGAGGUAACCUCAGGGCACACAGGCUUAUAUUGGCGUCGGCAAGCCCGCUGAUAUGCCGACUUCUUCAGGGACUGAUCGAGCCUACAGUCACCAUUCAGCUGCCCGACAUUAAAGCUUCACACAUGAAAAACAUGUUGGACUUUCUGUACACCGGCCAAACUUGUGUUCAGCCUACUGAGAUUUCCAGCAUGGUCGAGCUCUUUGAGCUCCUAGAGAUUAAGUCGGAAUUGUGGGAGGACAAGGCGAAAGAAGUCGAAGACAGGUGGAAAAAACAGAGUAGUCAGAGCAGCAGUGUAAGCGGUGGCGAGAGUGAUUGUGGAGGUGAAAAGGAAAGAGAUAUUGAUGAAAGGGCGAGGACCCCACAAAGAAGGAGAAGAAGUUCCUCGACUCCUGUCAACCUUUCACUCAAUUCAGCCAACACUCAAGUCAAGGAUGAGCCUCCAAUUGACAAUGACUCACAGGGUGCAGAACACCCAACUAAAUUAGAAGAAAAAAGUUCAUCGCCAGGACUUGAUUCUUAUGAAGAGGACAGUCAAAAAAAUCCACCUGAUAAAUUAGGACAAAGGAUUCUCAGUUAUCAACCUUACGUCCAUCACAAAAGAAAAUCGAAAUAUAUGGAAGAUUAUAGGUCUAAUCUGGAAGAUGACGAUCCCCAUAAACUUCCAGAAGAAGCACUCGGCCAAGCCACACCUGAAAAUUAUGUCGUAACACCUCAUAGAAAGAGGAGGCCCGGAUUUCACAACGCUCCAGCCCAGAACCCACCUUUUGUACCAUUCACCCCAUCUUACAUUGACGAGAUUUCAAUAAGACAGAGACACCCUCCAUACUUCAUUGAUGCCAUGAAACCAGAAGUCUUCCGCCAUGGCGCUGGCGAAAGCCACUCGGCACCACCUCCUCCGUUAUCCCCACCUAGGCUACAUUACGGAGAAACUCCCUGGAGCUCUUGGACGCUACCACCACCACCACCUUCAAAGAAAGAAGAACCCCCAUCCAUAUCUCAUGGUGAAAAUGAAGAAAGCACAAAAGCACCCGUCAGAGAGUACCGUUGUGAAUACUGUGGUAAACAGUUCGGAAUGUCAUGGAAUUUGAAGACGCACCUCAGGGUACACACAGGGGAGAAACCGUUUGCCUGCCGGUUGUGUGUGGCAAUGUUCAAGCAGAAGGCACAUCUUUUGAAACAUCUCUGUUCAGUGCACAGGAACGUUAUAUGCGCUAGCGGUGGUGACGGUGAUACAGGACAUUUUAACUGUUGCUUCUGCCAUCUGACUUUUGAAUCGUUACAAGAAUUGAUAAGACAUUUGUCGGGACCUCACAAUAACUUGUUGCUAAGUAAAAACCUCCCUGAAUAAUGGGUAGGCUAAAAAUGAUUUCCACAUCCCAGUGAAAUAUUUCGAGUGUGGCUAGAAUUAUGGCUGUUAUCUUUUGUGUUUGUAUAUUGUACGUUUGGAAUUUUAAAGGAAAAGAAAAGAACAAUACUUGUAUUAGUAAUAAUAAAAAAAAUCCUCGUUAUAAUAAUUUCAGACAUUUUAAACUCCUAUUAAACACAAGCUGCAAAUACUAAUUUGCAACUCUAGUCAAGCUAGUCAAACUGUUCAAAAAUAUAUUCACAAUGGGUUAAAAAUAUUAAAUUUACAAAAUUAUUUCUUACUGAUCUCUUGAACUAUUUUAUAUUAGAUCUCAUUCGCACAAAUUAAACGCAACACUUCACAUCUUAUGCCAAUUAUUAUAUUUGAAACAUUGUCAAAGAAAUACUAUACUUAAAACUUUUAUGAGAUCUUAAAUCUGAUUCCAAAUAUAAUUUUAUUAACCUUUUGGUAAUAUUAUUUUAAUCAUUAGAACCGGACCUUGCAAGUAUUGUUUUCCUCUUUUUCCAAUGACAAAAUUGAAGUGCCUAACUUUCUCUUUAAAUGUGAUGUAAGUUACCAUGUGCUUUAGUGCAAUUACUUUAUGGGCUCAGUAUUUUUUGUAAUACAAAAUUUAUACCUCGGAAUUCAAGUAUUAUUUGGACCAAUUAAUAGCCAUUGUUCUUUUAAUUUCCAACGGUUCCUCAUUUGAAGCCUAUUUAUGUUAAAAAUGUAAAACCUCAUUGUUUUAUAGGAUGGAGAUGUGUGUUCAAACUACCUCUCUUUGAAUAGUAAAUUUUCUAUAAGCAACUGUAGCAUUUAAGAAAAAAAAAUCAACCAAUGCUAAAACAGUUUGUUUUAAAUAAUGCAUUACCAAUAACAGGUAAUAUGAUAAAAUGUGUUUUGUUUUUUAAGUUGACAGAGAAUUGUUUUCAGUAUUUAAGUGAUAAUUUUAGAAAAAAAUGGUUCUUUAGUUAAUCAGAAAACAUUUUUCUACUUCAUAGAAGUUAGCGUUGAAUCUAGGAUAAGAUGUGUUCUAAUAGAAUAAUUUUGCCAAUGGAGAAGGCAAGAUGUGAUAUUUCUAUUUAAAUUUAUUAACGUGUUUACUUUGAGUAAAUCAUUUCAGUGAAAUGUUGCCAGAUAUUCUAAAUGUCCAUCAUAUUGGUGCAGUGCUUCAUUUCAUAAAACAGACAGGAAUUAAGUCAUCCCUUAAUGGAUUUGUACAUAACUCCCUUAUAUUUUUUUUCAUUAGAUUAAUUUAAUCAUGUAGGUUUCGCACAAUUAAUUUUUUUUAAAAAGCACCAAACCUCUUGUUUUUACAUUGUGCAAAGACAACAGUGACAAUUUUUAUCUAAACUCCGGCCAAAAUCUGUUUGUAAAAAGAAAAUUAAAUAUUUUUACAGUUGCAGACUGUGAUAUUUUUUAUAAGAAUAUUCUUCAGGACUAAACAUUUUAGAUAAAGCUAGAAAUUAUUUUAAUAAGAAGUCUUACAAUCUACCUUUGGGAAAAAGUGCCUUCAGUGAUGCUGCAAAUUUACAAUUGACCAACCCCUUCGACACCUUUCAGUAGUUAUUAAGAUUAAGAAUUAUUGUACGGAAAAACAGGAUCUCAUUAUUUUAUACUCUUUUCUUUUUUUGCUUUUUUUUAGAAGAAUAACAUGAAAGACAUAAGUUUUAACAAGUUUAAGAUUAAUUUUGGACAAUCAGAUAAUGUAAUACAAGUUGUGAUUUUCUGGAUUUUUCUUUCCUUUCUUUUUAUCUCUGUUAAUAAAAUAAUUUACAUCCGUU